AGUAUAAAAAAUGUGUAUUCUCAGAUUUUAAUAAAAUACAAUAAUUUCGUCCAAUGGACACAUGUUUUGUGCGUGCUUGUUAAAAAAGUUGUUUUACUCAUCUACUUAUUUUGGGAGAUUUGCGUAUUAAUAACAUACAGGAAUGGCUGACUAUAAAGUUGGAGAUUUAUCAAAACUGUUGUCUUCCUCCUCUGCACCUCCUGAACCAACAGCCGAUCUGUUCUCAAAGAAACAAGUAGAGAAGUUAUCAAAAAAAGAUGCCACGCAACCCAAGAAUCAGAAGGAAAAGACAAAGAAAAAACUGUAUGGGGCUGAAUUGAGAUUGAAAAAGCUUAAAAACAAAGUUCAGCAAGAUGGAAAAAGAAAACUAGAAGAAGACGAUGACACUAAAACUACUAAAAAGAAAAAGAAACAAAAAGUAUCAGACGUGACUGCUGCCAAUAAGGGGGCUAGUAAUGGGACAGUCAAUGCUGCACCUGGGUUUUGUCCCCCCGCCGGAAUAGUGCACGAAUCGUUGGUAAAGAAAGCUAAGAAAAGGCCUCUUGAAGACCCUGUUGAUGACGAGGCAGCGCCGCAGAAGAAAUCUCUUCCAGAUAUCUCUCAGACAAACAAGGUGGCACGUAAACGAAAAGAUCGACUUGCCAAACCUACCAUGGGUCAAACCAUCUUUGUUGGCAACAUAUCACUUAAAACCACGAAAAAGCAAUUGGAGAAGUUGUUUGGACAAUGUGGGGAGGUGGAGGCUGUCCGAUACAGAUGUGUGCCAGUCAAGGAUCCCAACAUGCCUAAAAGAGUAAUUGCCAUAAAGAAAGAGUUCCACCCUGGUCGCCACAACUGUGUCAGCUUUGUGCGGUUCAAGGAGGCAGAGUCAGCCAACAAGGCACUGGCAUUGAACGGUCAUGAGUUGAACGGUCUUCACAUACGAGUGGACUUGGCUGAUAAAGCAAAGACAGGGAAGGAAGAAACAAAGAACUCUGUGUUCGUGGGUAAUCUGCCGUUUGACAUAGAAGAGGAGACAGUGAGGAAGCAUUUUGAGGACUGUGGAGACAUACGCAAUGUGCGACUGAUCAGAGACAAGAAGACCUGCCUAGGGAAGGGGUUUGGAUACGUGAACUUUGAAGAUGCUGAUGCUGUUAGCUUUGCCCUCAAGUUGAAUGGCAUGAUGUUGAGAGGUCGUGAACUCAGGGUCAUGACCUGUACCAAGGACACUGGCAGUCAGAAGUCAGAGGUCAAAAAAAAGGAAAAGAAAAAGGAAAAAUCUCCUAAAAAGGAGAAGAAACCAAAAGUAAAGAAGGACAAACAGGCAUCCGAUAAAAUUGCCUUCCAAGGGGAGGAGUCUAAAGUGAAGAUGAAAAAGAAACUGAAAAAAUCUCACACAGAAAAAAUCAAGGUUCCCUUCAACACAAAACCAAAGGAAUCUUUGACGGUGAAUAUCCAGUCAAUGAUUGAUAGUGAAAUGAAGAAAGUAAACAAAGCAAAACAAAUAGAGGACAAAAGUGACAAUAAGCCCAAAGGGUUGAGUAAUCCAGGAAAGAAAGAAAAGAAGCAAGGCAAGAAAACAGUGGACAUUACAGUAGCAGAUAAAAUGCCCAAACAUAAGAAAUUUGAUGAGAGUGGUAAUAAAUCUGAAAUAUCCAAUUCUAACAAAGAAAGUGGAAUAAGUACCGGUAUACAAAAGGCCAAACCUGGACUUAACAAAUCACUAUCUGAAAAAGUUACUGACAAGAAAGACGCUACUGAUAAGGGAAAUACGAGUUUUGCAGGACUUGGAACAAAGGUAGAGAAAAGUGUUGGACCAAAAGGUUUAAACAAGUCAGUUAAAGCAGAGAAAAAGCAAUUAACUACUAAUAAUCCUAGGCAGUCAGGGGAAAGCUUUGGGAAUAAUAUUUCUGAAGAAAAUAAAUCAUUUAACGGAAACAAGUCAUUUGAUGGAAUCAAAGGGAAUAAGCCAUUCAAAAGAAAUCAAUCGUUUGAUGGAAAAGUAGGGAAUAAGCCAUUUCAAAGCAAUACAUCUUUCCAGGGAAGUAAGUCAAUUGAUGGAAACAGAGGGAAUAAGACAUUUCAGGGAAAUAAAUCUUUUCAAGGCAAUAAGUCAUUUGAUGGAAGUAGAGGGAGUAGGCCAUUCCAAGGUAAUAAUUCUUUUGAUGGAAAUAAAGGGAACAAGCCAUUUCAUGGAAAUAAACCUUUCCAAGGUAAUAAAUCAUUUGAUGGUAACAGAGGGAGUAAACCAUUCCAAGGAAAUAGAUCAUUUGAUGGAAAUAGAGCAAAUAAGUCAUUUCAAGGAAAUAAACAAUUCGGUGGACAGGGAAACAAAUCAUUUGGUGGGGACAGUAGUUUUGGGAAGAAACCUUUUAUCGCUGGUCUCAAAAGUCCAAGUCUGGCUCAAGGGUCUGGAAAGCAUAUUAAGUUUGAUUAGUGGUCAGAAAUCUUAAAAACUAUUUUUUCCAUGCAAAUGCAUAUAAAUGUGCAUCUAUGUCAUGAGCGUCUCAUCAGUAAAGAGCUAAGAUUGGCGAUAAUUGGGUUGCAGAAUAGAUGAACUCGUGUAGUGAUGUAUUGAUCACUGUUAAUCUAUUUCCUGAAGGUAAGAAAAAAAAAACAAGAUCCAUUCAACUUUUCCUACUGGUCACUGCUAUUAUAUAAGCUUGCCUUUUGAGAGCAUGUGCAAGUUUUGAAUACGUUGACUUGAGACAGACCAAUCAAAUUGCUUUCAUGUUUAGAAAUAGUUUUUAAAGCUUGAUAUUUAAGCCUUACAAACUGUAUUGGAGUCACUAUGUCUGUGUGUCAUUAAGUCUGUACGCAAAAAAUGUUUGUUGAGUUUACCAUUUCCACACUUGUAAAACUAUUGAUCUGAAAUUUGAUAUAUAUCAUCACCAUGAGGUUUAGAUGUCCAAUACACUAUUUUGGUAUGUAGUGAUCAUGACCAUAAUUUGUUCAAAUGCAAGACACAAUUUUCAUGUGAAGUGAUCCUUUUUAGAGUAAACAGAUCCCUUUGAGAAUAAACUAAUGUAACAACCUCAGGCCAUGUCCUAUAAAUGAUCAGAAAACCAAUUGCAGUUAUGACCCAUUUUUAUGCUCAUAAAAUAAAGGAUGUAUUACAUGUAGAUACAUAAAAGAAAUAAAAUGAUUACUGAUUGAUGUUUGGACUGUGUAAGUUCACUCUUUAGAAAUUGCGUUGUAAAUUGAAAUUUAUUGUAGUACGUGUUAUAAAACGGGCUCCUAUUUUGUUAGAAAGUAGUUUUUGCUGUUUUUGUUAAAAUGAUAAAAAGUUAAUAUGAAACGUUUGUGUAAUUGUCAUAUGAAGCUAAAUUAAUGAGAAUUGCCUUAAGAUGAGGAACACAUAGAAGGAAACAGAAGAUUAUUUGUUAUAACAUAUUUUGUCUUGUAUGUUUCUUUAAAUAAAUGAUAAAGUUGU